GUGACAUUUAAAACGUCAACGAAACAAACUUAACCUAACUAAAUAUUAAAACUCAAAACAAUUUUCACCAAAUUAAUUUUAAUAAUGGAUUUAUUAACUUGUAGAUGUUGCAAUAUACAAUUACACCCAGAAACCAUUUCGUUUCCAUUAAAUAUGAGAGAAUCCCUAAAUGAAUUAACUUUACAAGAAAAAUUACAAAAAUGUGUUCCAGAAUUGGGAGUUAAUAAUGACCCAAAAGUCGUUAUGUGCGUUAGUUGUUACUCUCAGUUAAGAACAGCUUAUGAUUUUAUAUUGAUGUGCUUAAAAACAGAAAACGAUUUAUCACACAACAAAAAAGAAGAAUUAGAAAACCCCACAACCACAUUAAACGAUAUAAAUAAAGUACCCAAUAAAGAAAUGGAACAAAUUGUAGAUUGUAAGAUAUCAAUUAACCGUUUACCUCGAGAUAUUAAAGUGAACGAAGCUGUUUAUGUAUGCGAAAAUUGUAAAUCGUUAUUUUUAUCGAAAUGGCAUUAUACAGAGCACCUUUCAAGAACUAAAAAAUGCUUCUUAACUUGUUUUUUGUGUAAUAUUAAUUUUAGUUCUAACGUUAUCUUUGAAAUGCAUAUGAAAUUUAUGCAUUCGCAACAUUACAGUUGUUACAAAGUAAUUACUCCCGAAUUAUCAAUGAUAAUACAUAAAAAUCAAGAGGAUGAAUGUACACAACCUGUUGAAAACAUGGAAGAAGACGAAAACUUGGAAGUAAAUGUAGAUCAAAACAAAAUUAGUAAAAAUAAAAAUGGAUCGGUUAAAAGAUUUCGAUCUAAUCAAGAUGUAAAAUGUGUUUUUUGUAGAAGUGAAUUUCUGAAUAUUGUUUUAUUACAACAACAUUACAAUUCGCAUCAAUUGUAUUGUUAUAAAUGUCUUAAAUGCAACAAAAUUGAUGUGGACAAAGACCGACAUAACAAUGAAUGUAAUUCGAAGGAUUUCAUAGAACCAGAUUUACCAGAUAAACGAUGCCCUUUUUGUUUUAAAUAUUACUCGAAUUUGCAAGAUUUAAGAAACCAUCUUAACACCCACAAUAAAUUCAAACUUUAUUGCUAUAAAUGUUCCCAUCAUUUCAACAGUAUUUGGGAAUUUGCUUUACAUGUAAUCAUAAAUAAAUGUAGAUGUACUCAGUUCGUUCAAAACAGCGAAAACUCUGUGUGUUGUCCUAUAUGCAAAAAGAUUUUAAGCACAAAAAAGAUUCUUCAAGUACAUUUCUACGCCCAUUCGUUCAACACGACGGUUUGCGCAAACUGUAAUAAACCUUUUUAUGAUAACUUGGUGUUCGAGGAACAUUUAAAACAAUGCCAACCCUUAAUUGAAGUUGAAGCAAAUAUGGAAAAUUCAAAAAUGGAUGUUUGUUUGAAACAGGAGGAUGUGGAAAACAUUGAGAGUGACGCCUUGGAAGAAAAUAAUUUUACUGCUGAUAUUGAUGGAAAAGAUAUGGAUGCUUUUAGAGAUCUUUAUAUGGAGUUUCAUUCUAAUCCGUUAUUGGAGAAAGCUGAAGCGUCCCUAAUUCAAAAAAGAUUAAACAAUUUGAGUGGAAAUGAUGAUGUUCGAGGUGCAUCAGAUUAUGUUAAUGUGAUGACUUCAAAAGUUUAAUUUAAUAUUUAUUUUAUACUUUAAUGGGUAAUAAAAAUCCUUUAAAAU